GGGGCAGGGGAAAUCGAGCGCAGACAAACCGAUAACGCAGCGACGGUGCGGAACGUGGAACGACGUUGAACAGAGCGGUCCGGAGCGAAGAGCCUCGUAGUGACGGAGACGGAGACGCGCGGAGAAGCGGCUUCAUUCACGAUCAAAUAUUUUUCACAAUACCGCUUUCAUUCAUCAAUCAUUCACAAUACCGCUUUCAUUCGAUCAAAUAUUCAUUCACAAUCACGAUCAAAUAUUUUUCAUUCACGACCGGUUUGGCAAAAAUGCGCCACAAAUACCGCCCUCUUGGGGUGGGCGGGGCUGCUAGAUGUUUGCGAUGGUGUUUGGCUGGCGCCAAUCACCGUCACAAAAUGGAGCGCGUCCACUUUCAGGGGACCUCCGCUAUCAGGGGUCCCCCGCUUUUCGGGGUCUCUGCGCCGAGCCAUGGGCCCCCGCGCCUGGGGGUCGGUCGUAGCGCUAUCAAGGCUCGGCGCCUUUAGGGGACCCCCCCCUAGCUGGGGCACGUUCGCACUCGAAGGGCCACCGCUUUCAGGGGUCCUCCGCUUUCAGAGGUCCCCGUUCUGGGGGUUGAGCUUCCGCGCUCGGCGGUUCCGGUGCCUUUUCCGGGCGACGCGCUUGCCGGGGGGGGAGAGGAGGAGUUCGCGCGCGAGCGCUGCGCCCCCGAGGCGGUUGCACCGCUGCGGGGGCAUUUCUUUCAGGGGCCCGGCUUUCGGGUUCCGCGGCAGAGGGCCGCUCUUCUGUGCUUUCCGUGUGAUUUUUAUGAUUUGCUAUGUAAUUUAGUCUUAGUGAUUUUUAUGAUGUGUAUAUUUAGUCUUAGUGAUUUUUAUGAUUUGCUAUGUCUGGCAUUGUUAA